UCUUCUUCUUGGAAAUUUUGUAGAUUUUAUGAAAUCAUGGCUGACUAUGACUCAAUAAGAAAGAAUCCUAACAUCCUUCAAGGAAAGAGUGAUAUGUUUGGCGGCAUCACUGUCGAUUUCACUGCCGUCGAUUACAAACAUGACUAUGAAGAUGAUGAUUUUAAAAAUAUUUUGGAAGCAUCCUUGGCUAGUUACAAAACCUGUGGUAUUAGAGGGGUUUGGCUAAAAAUUCCUAUCAAUAAAUCAACAUGGAUACCAAUAGCUGUUAAGCAAGGAUUUCAGUUUCAUCAUUGCUUUCCAUCCUAUGCAAUGAUGACUUGCUGGCUUCCAAAAGACGAACCUAAUAAGAUACCUUCCUUUGCCACUACUUUUGUAGGGGUAGGUGGUUUUGUUAUCAGUGAUGGCAAAUUACUAGUAGUGAAAGAAAAAUAUAGAAAGUCUGAUCACUGGAAGUUGCCUGGUGGAAUGGUAGAUCAUAAGGAAGACAUAAGAGCUGCAGUAAAAAGAGAAGUAGCAGAAGAAACUGGAAUAGAAACAGAGAUUGUGUCCUUAAUCAGUGUGCGUCACAUCCCAGACUUUCGUUUUGAGUGCUCUGACUUCUAUUUCGUAUUUCUAUUGAAACCUUUGAAUACAGAUAUAAACAGAGACCCUACAGAAAUAGAGGAUGCCAGGUGGAUGGAUUUAGAUGAGUACAUUGCAAGUCCAAUAGUCAAUGAAGCCAACAAAUUUGUUGCACAAGCCUACAAAGACCAGAAACUCAAGAUAAUUCCUACAGAAAUGUUUCUUUUCAAUAGAGACUUUGUUCUAUAUUCCCUUGAAACUCCACAAAUUAACAAACUUUAGCAUUUAUAAAUUAAAUCUUAGGAACACUGUGUUUUUUAUUAUUAUAAUUUGUACAUAAAUUUAUGUACAUUAAUUAUGUAAAUUAGAAAACAUUAUUGUGGUGAGGAGAGAAUUGUUUUUUAGACAAAAAUUACAAAACAUUACAAACUGUCCACAUGAAUGUUUAAUUCCACUGCAAAUACCAGUUUCAUACAGAUUAGAAUAUCCACUUGAUAACAAUUUUGGGACAAGAGAAGAUGAGAUUUUCAUUUUGUAUAUGAAUAUAUAAAUUCUUGAUGAAUUGGUUUAAAAUCAUAUUUACAAGUUCCAAUGAUGCACUGUUCAUGUACAUGGCAGUCUGAUAUAAAUUUGAAUAAUUUGAAUGAGAGUACCACUUACAAUGUGUAAUACAAUAAAUAAAAAAUAAAGAAACAAGUGGCACUCAUCA